AUGUCUCUUCAACGGGUCGCUCGCACGGGUGUGCGACACCUGCGCCUCGGCGAUGCCUUGUCUUACCGGACUCGCGUGAUCGGGGUGCAGAAUCAGCUGCGCCACCUCUCUCUCGCUACGAACCCUCGAUUCUCAAUUCCGCAGGUCGGAUUGCUUUCUGCCAUCAACUCCCGUUCCUUCUCGACAGAAACCACCGAGUCUACUCCCAAGAAGCCCGCCCAGAAGUCCGCGAACAAGACGAAGGCCAAGAAGAAGACUAAGCGCCCAUUGACGGAGAAGCAAAAGGAGGCCAAGGAGAAGAAGAAGCGCAGUGAUCACAUCAAGCAGCUCAAGGAAACCGCUCUAGAGCUACCAAAGAAACUCCCCCAGAGCGCGCGCAGUAUUGCUACCCAGUACAAGAUCAACGAGCUGAAGCAACAGUCGCCUUCGCAGGCGCAGAAGGAUAUUUUUAAGGAUGCCGUUGAGCAAGUCCAGUCUCAGCGACUGGCUGAGGCCGAGCGAUUCGUCAACCAGGCCGAAGAAAACCGAGCUGCCAACGAGGCCUCCUACGAAGCGUGGCUUAAGCAAUAUACGCCCCUUCAGAUCAAGGAGGCGAAUACGGCGCGCAAAGCUCUCCGCCGACUGGGCCAGACCAAGUUCCGCACGAUCCAGGACGAUCGCCUAGUCAAGCGACCCAUGACUACGUUCUUCUAUUUCCUGAGCGAGCGCCAUGGGAGCGGUGAUUUCAAGCACAUGGCUGUGAAGGACGUGGCUCUGCGCACUGCUGAUGAGUGGAAGAGCAUGACCGACUCGGAGAAGCAGCCUUAUGUCGAGAAGCAACUCCGAGACCACGAGCGAUAUGUCCGAGAAUACCGGGAGGUGUACGGCGAAGAGCCUCCCACCCCCAAGAAGUCGGUGUCCUAA